GAAAAUAGUUUUCUUAUGAAUGUUUCUUAUGAAUUUAAAAUAUCAAAUCCAUGAUCACGUGAUAAGAGACAGCCAUCAGAAGCCAUGACGUCAAAAUGUGUACAUUUCUAAAAACACCGUCAUGAUACUCGGCAACACGCGUUAUAUCUUAUAUACAGAAGAAAAUAUAAAUAAUUCAGAUAGAAGAUACGUAUUUCUAGAAAAAAAAGGUGAAAGAAGAAAAGAUAGUACAAUCCAAAGGGGACAGGCAUUCAUAACGGAAGAAGAAACGAGCACUUUACUAUGCCGGUUUUGCCUGCAAAUUCAAAGCACUUAUCCCAUGAUGCUCAUCCGACGAAUCCAUACAAGAAUGAUAUUGUGUUAAGUUAUCAUGACUACUUACUCAGAACAUCGGAUGUUGCAUUACUGGAGAGAAAUGACUGGCUUAAUGAUAUAAUAAUAGGAUUCUAUUUCGAAUAUCUGAAUCAACAAUAUAGGAAGGAUAAUAAAAGCCAAUUAUUAUUUAUCGGGCCCGAAGUAGCCCAGUUAUUAAAGAUGCAAGAUUCUUCACAAUAUAAUAUAUUUCUGGAUCCUAUUGAAGCUACAAAUUAUGAUUUUAUAUUCUUCCCUCUUAAUGACUGUGAUAGCAACGAGGCAGGUGGCUCACAUUGGAGCUUAUUAGUAUAUUCUCGUAUGGAAAAAAUGUGUUAUCAUUUCGAUUCGUCAAGCGGUAUUAAUGGCUUCUCCGCGAAAAAACUUGCACGGAAAGUGACAAAAUAUUUUCUUGAGAAACAGGAGAGAAAAUAUAUUGAAAUGGAUUGUCCGCAACAAAAUAAUAACUACGAUUGCGGUUUAUAUGUUUUAUGUUUAGCAGAUAUAAUAUCUAGACACGCUAUAAAAAAUUCUAAAGUAAGCGAUUGUGAUUGUAGUAUCGUUCCAGAAAUGGUUUCGAAAAAACGUAGCAAUUUAUUAAAAUUAAUUUAUGAUUUGAAAAGUACAUCUAAUAAUGCAUAGCAGAAUCUAGCUACAAUAUGUGGUAUUAGUGAUUAUAAUUUACUUAUAUAACAAAUUUUACUAAUGCUCUAAAGUACUAAUAUUCUUUAAUUUUUUUCUAUUAUUUUUUUUGACAUUUACUUAUAUAAUUAUUUGACAUUAAUAUACCAAAAAUACUUCAAAUUUUUUCAUAAAAGUUCAUUCUUGUUUUAAAUAAAUAAAAUUUCAAAAUUUUAUGUCAUUUAUCAAAAGAAAAAGAUGUAACGAGUUAAAUAUCUCUCUGUAUCUUAAAAGCAAUUCUUUAAGAUUAGGAAAUGUUAGAAAAUCUAUUGUAUCAAUUAUAUCUAUUGUAUAAAUAACAUGCACAACAGUAUAAAAUGCAAUGUGAUUAGUUGUUGAAGUCCAUUUAAUCAAAUAAUAAUUAAUUUGGACGAAUUCAGUACAAAGUAACGCGUAACUAUAUAAGAGCGACUUAUAAUUAGCGAGAGAUCCCAAUCCGUAUCUUAUGUUUCGAUUUUCAAGAGAUUGCUUAAAGAAUUGAAAAAAAAAGAGUAUGAAGUGACUUGUAACCCCAAAAUGACUUUUGGGAACAAUAAAACUGAUAUAUACAAUACAAA